AUGUCUGACCAAGGUAAUCACAAACCUCCUCAAGGAGUGAAAACCUCCGACUACGGCACGAUUAAAUCCGAAAUUAUUGUAACGAGUGCUAAAGAAUCUUUACAAGAUUCAGUACAAGUAGCGAAAAAAGUACCACAAAUGUCUUCUACCUCCGAACCUUCAAAUAAAGACGCGUCAUUUGAUACCCAAGAAGAAGUUGAUUUGAUGAAUUUUGAUGAGGAUUGCUCAAAUUUUGACUUGAAUAAUUAUGCUACUAGAGAAGCGGAUUGUAAUGUACAACAUAUAUCUACGAUUGAUCAACUCUUGUGUGAUCUUGAUUUUGGAAGAGAAGUUUUAUUCGCCAAGUCUAAUAAUGUUCCAGAGGAUGAACUAACGCAUAACAAGCAAACUACAUCAAAACCUUCGGAACAAGUAACUCAUAAGGAAAUUCCUUUAAAGGAUAAUAAUAAAAUUAGAUCACCGUAUAAACCUACAGUUAUCCCGCCUGCAUCAUCUCUUAUAAAAGAGGUACAACUUUCUUAUCCUUCUCGUGCUACGAAUGGAACACAACCGAAAGGUGCAAUUCGUACUUAUAUAAUGAAGGAGACACAUACGGCCAGUUCAUCUCGUGUUGAUGAGGUAGUUACAAAAUUAGCAUCUCGUUCUUAUUCCACGAAGGGAACUCAAACUGAUGUAUUAGUUCCGGCGACGGAAAUGAUGUAUCAAAAACCAAGAAAGAGAAUAAUAUACUCUUUUGUUGAAUUGUUGAUAUAUCAAUUUUCACCUCUUACAAAGGAGUUGCAUAAUGUUGUGAACGAGAGAUUCAGCAAUGCUGUCAUUGAAUAUGAUUUGUUACAAGACAGUCCUCAAGCAAAAGACAAUCAACCUCGGCACCCCGGUGUUCUACGAGGUACGAUUAUCCCCCCAAAACGAUAUGGACGAUUUGGCCAAGCUUGGGAUUCUAGGUAUGAAAACGAUAGAUCUACAAUUUCUCCCAUAAGAAAACAUUUUGAGAGUCCGUCGGAACUAUCAUUUCUUAAAGAAUGCGUGGUUGCUCACAAUAGAUGGAUCGCUUUGUUGCGUGAGAAGGAGUUGCGGUUAAGUUAUAUUAAGGAUUAUAUAGAAUGUAAGAAUAUGAAAUGGAUUAAUACUCACAUGAACCUCACUAAUGAGCAUUCUGAAAAUUGUUUGACAUAUCAUAUGGUCAAUGAUCAACAAAUUAAAGCAAAUCCUCACGAAAAAGGUGUUCGUUUCGAAGAGAAAGAUGGGCAUUAA